AUGGUUGAUACUUCUCUCAGCAAGCAGAAGGUUGAUACUUCCCCCAGCAAGCUGAAGGUUAAUACUCCUCUCAGCAAGCAGAAGGUUGAUACUUCCCCCAGCAAGUUGAAGGUUGAUACUUCUCUCAGCAAGCAGAAUGUUGAUACUUCUCACAGCAAGCAGAUGAUUGAUACUCCUCUCAUCAAGAUGAAGGUUGUUACUCCUCUCAGCAAGCAGAAGGUUGUUACUCCUCUCAGCAAGCAGAAGGUUGUUACUCCUCUGAGCAAGCAGAAGGUUGAUACUUCCACCAGCAAGCUGAAGGUUGAUACUCCUCUCAGCAAGCAGAAGGUUGUUACUCCUCUGAGCAAGCAGAAGGUUGAUACUUCCACCAGCAAGCUGAAGGUUGAUACUCCUCUCAGCAAGCAGAAGGUUGAUACUUCCCCCAGCAAGUUGAAGGUUGAUACUUCUCUCAGCAAGCAGAAUGUUGAUACUUCUCUCAGCAAGCAGAAGGUUGAUACUUCCCCUAGCAAGCAGAAGGUUGUUACUCCUCUGAGCAAGCAGAAGGUUGAUACUUCCCCCAGCAAGCAGAAGGUUGAUACUUCCCCCAGCAAGCAGAAGGUUGAUACUUCCCCUAGCAAGCAGAAGGUUAUUUCUCCUCUGAGCAAGCAGAAGUUUGUUACUCCUCCCAGUAAGAAGAAGGUUGUUACUCCUCUCAGCAAGCAAAAAAUUGAUACUAUUCUGAGCAAGCAGAAGGUUGUUACUUCUCUCAGCAAGCAGAAAGUUGUUACUUCUCUCAGCAAGCAGAAAGUUGAUUCUCAUCUCAGUAAGCAGAAAGUUGAUUCUCAUUUCAGCAAGAGAAAGAUUAUUACUGAAUCCAGUGGACAACCAAGCAAAAGACUUAAGACAGAUAUUAGUCACAAUGAUUCUGGAACUCCAGUCAGGAAAAGAAAAAAUAGGAAAAUGUUAUAUACAUGGGAUGAGAAACUAUUUAAUCCAGGUAUGUAA